AUGCAGCUGAGGGGUGGCAAUUAUGAAGGCCUCUCCUAUAAUAGCAUCCAGAUCUAUGCAGUCACUCCCCCCCCCCCGCUGGGCUUCUAUGAGAGCGACCGCCGGCGGGAAAAGCGCCGUGGCCGAGCAGAACUUUCAUUAUUGAGGUUCCUCAGUGCUGAACUAACAAGAGGGAACUUCCUCGAACAUAACAAGGCCAAGUAUACAGAGCGAAGAGAAAGAGUGUACACUUGUAUGCAAAUACCAAGAGAAUUGGAAAAGCUCAUAUUUUUUGGAAUCUUCCAGUGCCUCGAUGCCUUUCUGUAUGUGUUCACCCUGCUUCCUUUAAGAGUCUUCCUGGCGCUGUUCAGGCUCUUCACUCUGCCUUGCUAUGGCCUACGGGACAAACGUUUGCUUCAGCCUGCACAGGUGUGUGACAUUUUGAAGGGUGUCAUUUUGAUAAUCUGCUAUUUUAUGAUGCACUAUGUUGACUACUCCAUGAUGUACCACCUGAUAAGAGGGCAGUCUGUCAUCAAGCUCUAUAUCAUCUACAACAUGCUAGAGGUAGCCGAUCGUCUGUUCUCUUCAUUUGGACAAGAUAUCUUAGAUGCUCUCUACUGGACAGCCACCGAGCCUAAAGAAAGAAAAAGAGCACACAUCGGAGUCAUUCCUCACUUUUUCAUGGCUGUUCUCUAUGUCUUUCUACAUGCAAUUCUCAUAAUGGUUCAAGCAACGACUCUCAAUGUGGCUUUUAACUCUCACAACAAGUCACUGCUUACCAUCAUGAUGUCCAACAAUUUUGUUGAAAUUAAAGGAAGUGUUUUCAAGAAGUUUGAAAAGAACAAUCUCUUUCAGAUGUCAAAUAGUGAUAUUAAGGAACGAUUCACAAAUUAUGUGCUUUUGCUAAUAGUGUGCUUAAGAAACAUGGAACAGUUUUCUUGGAAUCCAGAUCAUCUCUGGGUGUUGUUUCCUGAUGUCUGUAUGGUGAUUGCAUCAGAAAUUGCUGUGGAUAUUGUAAAGCACGCCUUUAUCACCAAAUUCAAUGACAUCACUGCAGAUGUCUACAGUGAGUAUAGAGCCAGCCUUGCAUUUGACCUUGUCAGCAGCCGACAGAAAAAUGCGUAUACAGACUACAGUGACUCGGUAGCACGAAGAAUGGGAUUUAUUCCUCUCCCGCUAGCUGUCUUACUCAUCAGAGUUGUAACAAGCUCAAUUAAAGUGCAAGGAAUCCUGUCCUAUGCCUGUGUCAUACUCUUCUAUUUUGGGUUGAUCUCCCUGAAAAUACUUAAUAGCAUUGUGCUGUUGGGGAAGUCAUGUCAAUAUGUGAAGGAAGCCAAAAUGGAAGAGAAGCUAUUUAAUCCUCCCCUGGCUAGCACUCCCGGGAUAUCCUCCAGUAAAUCCCAGAGCAAGUGCAAGUCCUCUCAAGGCCUUUCCACGGAAGAAAACCUGUCCACUUCCAGCCAGCCUGUUCAUCAGAAAGAAAACGUCAUACCCUUACUUGUGACCAGCAAUUCUGAUCAGUUUCUGACAACCCCAGAUGGCGAUGAGAAAGACAUUAACACAGGGGGCCAAGUAGGCAAAGUGGCCAAGUAG